AUGGCGGACGAAACUAGCGAACUCGAUGCAGCCGAUAACAACCCCGAAACUGCCGAGGAAAUAACAGCUGGGUUAAACGCUGAAGGAGUACUGAUUGAAACCACAGGAAUGCUCGUGGAUGUCAGUGGUAGGUGGCGAGUUGGAUUGUUCAGUCAUUUUCUUUGUGAAAUUUGCAACGAAUUACACUGAAACUAACUUCGAGAAAAGCACUAAAAGAAUGAUAGGCCGUUUGCGGCGUCCCAAUAUCGUUUACUUUCAUUUCCCAUGUCUUGGAACUGAAAUAUUUUUACGGGAAACUGACACUUUCGAACACGCUUAGUUCAAAUCCGAAAAGUUUCCACUCCGUAGACCGGCAGUUUUCUCACAAACUGCAAUUUUAUCUUCACUAAUUUCACAACUACUUUUUUCAUUGUUCAACGACACGGAUCGAUGACGACAAACGAUUAUGUCACUCAAUGAUUAUGUCACUUUUGCUCGAAUCAUUCAGUUAUGUAAUAUUAUGCGUGUUGGACGUAAACCACAUAACUUGUCUACAACUUUGGGAAGGUGCAGAUAAAGCUUUCUAAAAUCCUCAGUUCUGGCUCUAUCUCUAUAAAAUCACAAGGACGUUAAUGCUAAGUCUUUUGGCUAUGUCUCUGGGCUGAGAAAUAACUUUUUUAACGCGACCAAGGUAUUUAAAACAAAAGUAACGCGAAUCCAACGGAACGACAAAGACAACACUAAAAUGAAAUGUUGUCGAUGGGUUGCUGGUAAAAGACUUUCAACAGGAUCACUCUUAAAUAAUCUUAAACUGGAAUAAUAAAUGUUCACAUCAAAGACAAAGAUCAGUGCCAAAGUAUAAAAUCUGCUCUGUAAACUUACGACGAAGUGGAGAAAUGUGUUCAUGAGCUGUUUAUUUGGUGAUUUGAUGAAAACCCUCUUUCCAAUAAUACUCACUAAUCGCACAGAAUAACACCAACUGAUAUAAUAGUUCAAAUGCAAUGAUAUAUUACCUCUUGAAUUACGUCUCAAAAACUGUGUUGGAAAUUUAAAUGCUGAUCCAUUACAUAACAUUACCGUUUUACAUCAUUGUAUAAAACAUUUUGAUCGCAUGUACGUAAGGAAUUAUUUCUCAGCCCUGAGACAUAGCCAAAAGACUUAGCAUUAACUUCCUUGUAAUUUUGUAGAGAUAGACCCAGAACUGAGGAAUUUAGAAAGCUUUAUUUGUACCUUCCCAAAGUUGUAGACAAGAUAUGUUAUUUAUGUCCAACACGCAUAAUAUUACAUAACUCAAAAUGAUUCCAGCAAAACCGGUCUUGUGUUAAAAGGAAGACUGGUUAAUAGAAAUUGGUCCUUUUGAGUGACAUAAUCGUAUGUCAUCAUUGAUCCGUGUCGUUGAGCAAUGAAAAAAUCUGUCGUGAAAUUAGUGAAGAUAAAAUUGCAGUUUGUGAGAAAACUGCAGGUCUAUAGAGCGGGAACUUUUCGGAUUUGAACUCAGCUUGUUCAAAAGUGUUAGCUCCCGUAAAAAUAUUUCAGUUCCAAGACAUGGGAAAUGAAAAUCGUUUUCUAGGCACUUUUCGACACGUUGUUUUUACCUAAUAUAUUCAUGUAUUAAAUAAUCUACAUAUUCAAAUUACCCUCUUAAUUAUCUGUUAACUUCCAUUGAUUGUGCCAAUAAUUAUCACUUAUUUACUGAGACCGAGGGAAACAGUGUGUUUUGUGGACCCGAGACCGUCGAUGUUUCCCGAGGCGAAGCCGAGGGAAACAUCGACGGUCGAGGGUCCACAAAACACACUGCUUUCCCGAGGUCUCAGUAAAUAAGUGUUUUAUUAUAUAUCAAUAGUCAAAGAAACAACAAAUUAAAGAACAAAUGAACGUAAAUACAAGAAAUAUUUUAUUGUUUAAAACGUUAUAUUAAACACUGGCUACACUGCAGCAGUUACUUAAAGCGAAAGUUUUAAUUACGUGCUAGGCAUGUCCAAAGGUCGCACCUUCACGUGAUGGCGCACGUGAUUUUUUUUGUUAUUCGCCGGUGGAUAACGUAUUAUCUCCCUCUCGCGCUGUUGCGAGGGAGACAGCCUAAUUUCGUCACUCUCACGUGAUAUGCUUUCAACCAAUAAAACACUAGAAAAAUGCGACUUUGACUAUUGAUAUAUAAUAAUAACAUUUAACCUCUCAGACUCAGCUUGCAUCGAGUUUCGCGGUAAUUUUCCUGAGAAUGUUUUUUGAGACUCCUGCUGAUGUAAGUAGUGCAGGGAUGCAGCUCAUGAUGCAGAGAUUAUCUGUCCACACAACAGAAGAAGGAGUAAGUCGUGGUUUAAGUUUUAAACCUCGUUCAGACGACGUGUUCGUCGUGACUCCACGAAAAUGCGGCACAACAUGGAUGCAACAGAUUCUACAUCAGUUACGUAGUGGUGGCGAUAUGUCAUUCGAUGAUAUUUGCGAUGUUAUCCCUUAUAUCGAGUUGGCUUAUCAUACCGAAAUCGAUCUCGACGCUGAGCACGCGUAUCAACCACG